UAUAUGUCAAUUGAAUAAUUUUUUUUUUCUUUUUUGGUAGAAGUGUAUAUAUCUGAUUUUUGUUUAAAUAAACCCACAAACUUAGAGAAGGGGAAAGAAAGAAAGAGUCAGUCUCCAUGCCUGACUCAGAGUAUGUUGUCUUGCUUCUUCCCUCCAUCCUUACCCUGUUUCUCUUCUUCAUUCUCAUCAAGAGAAAACGGACCAGGUUUAAUCUGCCGCCCGGAAACAUGGGUUGGCCGCUUAUCGGAGAAACGAUCGGGUACUUGAAGCCUUACUCUGCUACUUCAAUUGGAGAGUUCAUGCAACAACGCAUCUCCAGGUACGGGAAAAUCUAUAAAUCGAAUCUGUUCGGCGAACGGACGGUGGUCUCUGCGGAUGCAGGGCUCAACAAAUUCAUACUGCAGAACGAAGGAAGAUUGUUCGAGUGCAGCUAUCCAAGGAGUAUCGGUGGCAUUCUUGGGAAAUGGUCAAUGUUAGUUCUGGUUGGAGACAUGCAUAGAGACAUGAGGACUAUAUCUUUGAACUUCUUGAGCCACGCCAGGCUCCGGACUCAUCUUUUGAGGGAAGUCGAGAAGCAUACUCUGCUUGUUCUGAACUCUUGGAAAGAAGAUUGUGUAUUUCCAGCUCAAGAUGAAGCAAAAAAGUUUACCUUCAAUUUGAUGGCAACCCAUAUCAUGAGCAUGGACCCUGGACAUCCAGAAACAGAGCAGCUGAAGAAAGAAUACGUUACUUUCAUGAAAGGAGUAGUUUCUGCUCCUUUGAAUUUGCCUGGAACUGCAUACAGAAAGGCCUUACAGUCUCGAUCCACCAUACUUAAGUUUAUUGAAGGGAAAAUGGAAGAGAAGAUAAGGAAGAUGAAGGAAGGAAGGGAGAAUUUGGAGGAAGACGAUCUUUUAGGGUGGGUUCUGAAGCAUUCAAAUCUCUCAACGGAGCAAAUCCUGGACUUGAUUCUGAGCCUGCUCUUCGCCGGCCACGAGACAUCGUCGGUGGCCAUAGCUUUAGCCAUCUACUUCUUGCCGGGGUGUCCCACUGCUGUUCAACAGUUAAGGGUAGAACACCUUGAAAUUGCCAGAGCCAAGAAGCAACUAGGGGAGAUGGAAUUGAAUUGGGAAGAUUACAAGAAAAUGGAGUUCACACAAUGUGUUAUUAAUGAAACGCUUAGGCUUGGGAAUGUGGUGAGAUUUCUACACAGAAAGGCUCUAAAGGAUGUCCGGUACAAAGGGUAUGAUAUUCCAUGUGGGUGGAAAGUGCUACCAGUGAUUGCAGCGGUGCACUUGGAUUCUUGUCUUUUUGACCAGCCUCAACUCUUCAAUCCAUGGAGAUGGCAGAAUCAUAUCAUAACCAAACAUAAGAUACCAUCCUUAUGAAGUCCAGCCAAAAGCCACACUGUAUUUUGGGCGAUGGCGUAGUUUGGGAAGAAAAUAUACAACGCAUCCAUUGUAAUCAUGUGGGGUCGUCCAAGUUCCAUCAAAUCAAAGCCGUUGAUCGCU